UUCUCCUCCGACCGGGAAUGCUCAAACGGGACUGAUGGACAUUUCCGAGCUGUGCAUCUCCGACCCGCUCGGCUACCACAACCAGCUGCUUGGCAGAAUGGCCACGGAGGAGCGGCACCUCUCCUCCAGCUGCGGGUCCUUCAUCAAGACCGAGCCCUCCAGCCCAUCCUCUGGCAUCGACGCCAUCAGCCACCACAGCCCGAGCGGCUCCUCUGAUGCUAGCGGUGGCUACGGCAUUGCGAUGGGUGGCCACCCCAAUGGCCUGGACUCACCGCCCAUGUUCAAUGGCACAGGGAUUGGCGGUGGGUCCUGCCGUAAGCGUUACGAUGACUGCGCCAGUGCCAUCAUGGAGGAUUCGCCCACCAAGUGCGAAUACAUGCUUAAUGCGAUCCCCAAGCGGCUGUGCCUGGUGUGCGGGGACAUUGCUUCAGGGUACCACUACGGCGUGGCUUCCUGUGAGGCGUGCAAAGCCUUCUUCAAGAGGACUAUUCAAGGGAAUAUUGAAUACAGCUGCCCGGCCACCAAUGAAUGUGAGAUCACGAAACGGAGGCGCAAGUCCUGUCAGGCCUGUCGCUUCAUGAAAUGCCUCAAAGUGGGGAUGCUGAAAGAAGGUGUUCGUCUGGAUCGAGUCCGAGGAGGCCGCCAGAAGUACAAGAGGAGACUGGAUUCUGAGAGUAGCACUUACCUGAGCUUACAGAUCCCUCCUCCAGCUAAAAAGCCACUGACUAAGAUCGUCUCCCACUUGCUGGUGGCAGAGCCAGAGAAGAUUUAUGCCAUGCCUGAUCCAACCAUGCCGGAGAGUGACAUCAAAGCCCUGACAACCCUCUGUGACCUGGCAGACAGGGAACUGGUGGUGAUCAUUGGCUGGGCAAAGCACAUCCCAGGGUUCUCCAAUCUCUCCCUUGGGGACCAGAUGAGCCUCCUGCAGAGCGCCUGGAUGGAAAUCCUCAUCCUGGGCAUUGUGUACCGCUCCCUGCCAUACGAGGACAAGCUUGUCUAUGCUGAGGACUACAUCAUGGAUGAAGAACACUCUCGUCUGACGGGGCUACUGGAGCUCUACCUGGCCAUCCUACAACUGGUGCGCCGCUACAAGAAGCUCAAGGUGGAAAAGGAGGAGUUUGUCACGCUCAAAGCUCUGGCCCUCGCCAAUUCAGACUCCAUGCACAUAGAGGACAUGGAUGCAGUGCAGAAACUCCAGGACCUUCUCCACGAAGCCCUGCAGGACUACGAGCUGAGUCAGCGGAAUGAGGAGCCCCGGCGAGCAGGCAAGCUGCUCCUGACCUUGCCCCUCCUGCGGCAGACGGCCGCCAAAGCUGUGCAGCACUUCUACAGCAUCAAACUGCAGGGCAAGGUUCCCAUGCAUAAACUCUUCCUAGAAAUGCUAGAGGCAAAGGUCUGACAGCCCCAGCGCCAGCCGACAGUGGCCGGGGAACAAACUAGAAACAAAGAUGCAGACAAUGGAGCAAUCCAAACAGCAGCAGCAGCCACCGCCGGCUUUUAUCUCCAAUCAUUUAUUAUGGAAGAAUUAUUUAAUGUCUAUCUGUCGGCGUGACUGCAGAAUCUUGUGUACAGGAGGGGGGAAACUCUUUUAAUCAGUCACCUGUUUCUCUUUUUUUCGUUUGUUUUCUCUGUGGGAAAUACCAGAAUAUGCUCUUGCACUUGUUGAGGCGGUCGUUGGGGCUCAGCCCCUCUGAGCGGUGAUGCUCUUAGCACUGUCCAGGCCGCCUGCUCCCCAGCUCCCUCCGCCAGUGCUGGAGGGGGACUGGGGACUAAAGCAGGAAGAGAGGAAGAAUAGAGUCGAUAUAAACUUUAUCUGCUGGUGUUGCGAGGGGUCAGAUAGAAGGGGAAGCAGCCAGGGUCCUUCAUUUUGCCACCUCUCUGGUUCUAACCGUAGGGCAGGUGCUCCUUUGGAGAGGAGCGCUACUGGACCUCUCCUGAUCGCAAUGGCUGCCUCCCGGGCUCCUCUAGCGACAGCUAACACUUGUACAUACAGGCCCCACUUCUUACCGGGAAAGAUGCUCCUAACUGUGUAAGAUAUUCUGCGACCUUGUACAGUGUGUCAUUACGCCUGGCUAGUCCCUCCCAUGCACAAUCCCCACAGGACCCUGAAGAGGCAGGAUGUACGUCCC